AUGAAAAAUCUUUACGACAAUAGGAAAAGGUGUGCUCGGUGGCUUAUUAGGAAUAAGGCUUGUGCUCAUACUCCACGGCCAUCACUUCAUCCACGGAAAAUUUUAAUCACAGUUUGGUGGAAUGUAACUGGAGUAAUACACUACUCAUUCCUUCGAACUGGAAUGACAAUUACAAUGGAAAUGUAUUGCCAAUACAUUGAAGAAAUGCAUGAAAAAUUGAAAAUUUUACGCCCAUCACUUAUUAAUCGGCAUAGCCCAAUACUUCUCCACUACAACGUUCGGCCGCAUACAUCGUACAAAACAAUUGCAAAAUUAAAUGAAUUAAAAUAUGAAAUUUUGCAGCAUCCACCUUAUUCACCGGAUCUUUCGACAACCGAAUAUUAUUUAUUUAAACAUUUAGAACUGUUUUUACGGGCUAAACAGUACGAAAAUGAAGACAGCCUGAAAAAUGCCAUAUCAGAGUUCAUUGAGUCUAAAGAUCAGAAUUUCUUCAAAACAGGCAUCUAUGCAUUAAAAUCUCAUUGGGAAAAGUGCAUUAAAGUAAAUGGAGCAUAUUUUGAUUAA